CUUCCGAUCGACGAACACAAGGAGAACAUUCAAAGGACGAUCGCCUUACAGCGCGUAACCUUCAUUCGCGGCGAAACUGGUUGUGGGAAAAGCACCCGAGUGCCCGUGUUCGUCCGCGAAAUGCACCUCCAGGACGCUAGCUGUCACCGGAAACCGCGCAUUUUGAUGACGCAGCCACGGAGAAUGGCGUGUAAGACGUUAGCGCAACGUAUCGCAGUGCUGCUGGGGGAGGAAGGGCCCGGUAGAUCUGUGGGGUACCGCAUUGGGGGUUCUGCGCGGGACUCCGACAAGACCGAGAUAUUGUUGUGCACCACGGGGCACCUGCUCGAAAGCAGCGUACAAAACCCGGCGCGGCUUAAGCAAUUCACGCACAUCAUUCUCGACGAGGUUCACGAGCGCAGCAUCGACGCGGACUUCGCCAGCUUAAUCCUCCGGCUGUUCGCCCUUGUUGCAGAUUUCAAGCUCAUUGUCAUGAGCGCUACGUUGCAGGGCAACUUGUUUGCGCAAUACUUUGGGGAGCUGAACUCGAUCUCUGGCCCCUCGGAGCGGAGACCCGGCGUGCCGGCGCCUACUGUCCAGCCGAUAGCCGUGGGGGCAAAGCGCUUUCCCGUGCAGGUGCUGUACCUGGACGACUGGACGGACGGCCGGCACUCUGAUCGGAAGUACUCAGAAUUGCGCAUCGAGGUUGAGGGGCGCCAACGUAGCGUUUGGCUCCAGGAGAAGUUUUUACGAGCGGAGGAGAACUUAUCUCGCGGCCCCCAUCAUCUUCAGGGACAGGGUGAAGACGACGGCGACGCGACAGCAGGAGCGAAUCGCCGUCGUGCGAGCACGACGAGGAGGCCAGAACCCCCGAGCCACUGGAAGGAAUGCAUAACAGAUCUCGUGCGCGAUCUGGCUGAAGGCGGUGAGAGCAUUUUGAUCUUUCUUCCCGGCAUCGCGCAGAUCACGGAGCUCAGCGAGCAUCUCGCGUGGUACAUCGAUGAAGACCCGAGCUAUUCGCUGUACAACCGGCACGGCUUUGACCCCGGCAUUACCUACGAGGUGUUCCCACUCCACUCGACGAUACCGCAGGAGGACCAGGAGCGUGCGGUUUCCUUGCCACCUCCGCCAGGCACGGCGCACGUCAUCCUAACAUCCAACAUCGCCGAAUCCUCUCUGACGAUCCCGAACGUGCGCGUAGUGAUCGACCUGGGGCUGAAGCGGCAGCAGGUCUACAACAGCAGCAAGCACUCGGCGGUCCUGGAAGAUGUGUGGGCUUCGCAGGCGUCGAUGGAGCAGCGAGCCGGCCGC